AUGGAAACAGGAUCCAAUUGUUCUUAUGAUAAUCAUCAUCGUCAAUUAUUUAAAAAGGAUUCAUUAAAGUGUUUCUAUUCACAUCCGGUAACUGGUAAAAAUGAUUUACCAACAACACCAAUAACAACAAAUGCAAUUUCAACUGUUAGCCAUGAAUGUUCUAAAUUCGUAAUAACUAAUGAAACUUUAUCGCCACUCAAUAAUCAGAAUAAUUGUUCAAGUGAUUUAAAAUUCAUGGAUGAUAGUACUUCAUCAUCAUCGUCAUCAAUAUGCGGUUUGGAUAGUUUAGCUUGUACUGUCAGUGGUGGUGGAAUAUUAUCGUCAGAAUCACCAAGUGAUUUAACAGUAAUUACAUUGACAUCGAAUAAUUCUAAUAAAUCAUUAUCAUUAUCGUCAUCCUCAUCACAUACUCCUGCCACUGUUGCUACCGUUAUACAUGAUCUUGAUGAUUAUAGGAAUGGUUGUUCACAUAAUGGAUUACCUACUGAUGAAUCCUUACAAAAUACUCAUCAAUUACCACGUUCUUGUAUGUCUUUAAACAAAACCACUUCAUUUUUCAUCCCUCCUAAAUCAAAUAAACCUGUCGGUGGUGGCGAACAGUUGAAAGUGACUGGACCAUCAUCGUCAUCUGAUGUUAUGUUAAGUGCUAAUAAGACUCUAUCGAAUUUGUCAAAUCUUAAAUCACGUAUUCCAGUACCAGUUUCAUAUAAUAAUAAUAAUAAUCUUGAGAGUAGUCAUCGUCUGACAAUGAAGCCAAAUUCGACAGGAUCUCAGGCUUCAAAAAGUGGUCCACUGAUAUCCGAUUUAUUGUUGAAUAAAAGAUCUGCACAUGGAUAUAAUCCAUCACCUGUCAAAUCAUCUGAAAAUGGUCAUAUUAAUGAUGAUGAUGAUAAUAAUAAUAAUAAUAACAAUAAUGAUGAUAGCUUAGAUCAUUCAGACUAUUCAAUUAACAAAAGUGUAUCUAUAAAAACAAAAUGUAAGACUACACAUGCAUAUCCUCCACUACCACCUCUUUCAUCGAAUCGUAUUGAUUCUCAUAAAUGCACAACCAUGUCAUCGAAGCCAACUAAUCAUACCAUGUCCACAGUAGCACCACCAAUCCCUUUAUCACCAGUAACAACGGCGACGACGACAACGACAACAACACAUUUAAUGAAUAGUUUAGGCGAAAAUAUUGCAUCUUGUCCAAUUAAAUCACAUCCUAAUGAAACAUUACAAGAUACCAAUGAUAGUGUGAAAAAUACAGAAAAUAAUUUAAAAGAUCUUUUACCAACUUUUUCAUCAGACUCAUCAGAAUCAGAGGACAGUGAAUCAACUACAGAAUCAAUAUAUCAUCAACCACCAAAAGCUGCAGAUCGUAGUGCAGCUUUUAGACUGGCUAAAAGACUUUUUCAUUUAGAUGGUUUUCGUAUAACAGAUGUUGCCAAACAUUUAAGUAAACGGAAUGAUUUUAGUCAACUUGUCGGUGAAGAAUUUGCCAGUUUCUUUGAUUUCACCAAUCAACGUCUAGAUGUUGCGUUAAGAUCAUUUUUGAACAGUUUUUCAUUGACUGGUGAAUCACAAGAACGUGAACGUAUAUUGUUACAUUUUUCACGACGUUUUCACGCGUGUAAUCCAACUAGUUAUUCUUCUGAAGAUACUUGUCAUACUUUAGUCUGUGCACUUAUGUUACUCAACACGGAUCUACAUAGUCAAGGUAUAACAAAGAAAAUGUCUUGUCAAGAUUUUGUUAAUAAUCUAACUCAAAUGAAUUGUGGAGAUAAUUUUUCUAAAGAAGAUCUGAAAGUGUUAUACAAUGCUAUUAAACAGGAACCAAUACGCUGGCCUCAUUCUGAUGCAAAUAUGAUGGGUUUUGUUAAUUUAUAUUAUCCUGCACCACCAAAUGCUCUUGGUCCACCAGUGGUAGGUGCUCCAGUAGGUGGAUUUCUUACAACAGCCAAUUUUUAUGCACCAAAUCUUCCUCAAACACAUUUUAUGUUUAGUCCAUUGCAAAAUACUGCUUAUCCUCCGAUGAUUUUCCCACAUGUAACAACAUCUCAACUAAAUGAUAAUGCCACUAUCACAUCUAAUUCCUUAUCGUCAGCGAUAUCUCCAUUGACCACUCCUCAACUAUCGUAUUCAUCACCCCACACUGGAAUGUCACCACCUUUCUAUUGGAACCCGAAUAAUUUCACUGCGCCAUUGUAUGAUGAUCAGUCGAAUUCCGGUGUUGUAUCAUUUAUGAAUUCAAACCAGUUAAAUGCCUCUGUGUUGCCAAAUCUUUAUACACAAUCAUCGUCUGAACAGCUUCAACAACAGGCAUUACAGUUAACUCAAGCAAAUCGUAAAUUGAAUGAAUCUUCUGGGAUAAGUCCUUAUCUAGAUUUAACGGCAGAAAUUAACGCCAAAGAAUAUAUGCGGGGUUUAUUAGCUCGUAAAUGGGUCAUGGAGUCAUAUAAAAAGAAAACUCCUGUUGGACGUCGUAGUUGGAAAUUGUAUUAUGCAAGACUACGUGAUCUUGUCUUAUAUUUAUAUAAAAAUGUAAAUAUUGCAAAUAAUGCAACACAUGCUGAAGAAUUACACAAUCUUUACUAUCAGCAACAACAACAACACCAAUACCAACAACAAAAUUAUCUACAACAACUUUUUAUUCAACAACAAAGACAACAACAUUUUCUGUUACUUCAACAACAACAGCAGCAGUACCAACAUCUUCAACAGCAGCAUCAACAGUAUCUUCUACGUAAACACCAAUCUCCUGAUGAUGAGGAGGAAGAAGUGGAUGAGGUAGAGGAGGAGGAGGGAGAGAGUCAUGGGGACGAUGAAGGUGUUGGUAUUAAUGCUAAUUGCCAUUCUGACGGUAAGAAUAAUUCUACUGUUGAACUCUCAUCAUCAUCAUGUAUGAAGGACCAUUCGUGUGUAGUAACUGAUACUGUUGAAAAUCAAUCUGAAAUUGGAAACAUGAACGAAAAUGGACUCAGUGUUUUGUCUGUCGGUAAUGAUGAUGAUGAUAAUCUUGAUGAUUCACCUACAUCAAAACAAUUAACCACUUCCAUAGAAAGUCAACAAUCGUUUAACACUUCCGAAUAUACUGUUGAAACUGUAGAGAAUUCAUCAAAAGAACAUAUGAAUAUGAAUGAUGAUUUAGCUACAACAAAUGCAUUACAAACUCCAUUAACAACAGUUCCACAAAGCUCAAUUGUAACACCAAACAAUUCUACUAACACUAUGACAUCGUCUUUUUCUACAUUUAAUUCAAUAUUGCCUACUUCUUACAUUACAACACAACAUCAACAACUGUCAUCAAUUCAACAAAUUCCAAUGAAUACUACAACUACUACACCACCGUCAUUUGUUCCACCGCCAAUUCCACCACCUGAAACAAUUAUUCGUCUAGCCCAUGCUUAUGCAUGUAGAGCGACAGAUUAUGUGAAAAAAUCCAAUGUAUUCCGUUUACGUACAAAAGAAGGCGGUGAAUUUUUGUUCGAAGUCAAUGAUGCAAAAGAAGUAGAUAUUUGGAUUGAUCGAAUUAAUUUUGUUGCAGCUCUUCUAUCUGCACCAUCUUUAGCAUCAGCUGUUAGUUCAGAGCGAAAUUUUCAUCGACCUCAUUUACCUGCAACAUAUACUAAAUUAAAUAUGCGUGAACAACUUGAGGAACAUCAAAAACGUUUGUUAGAGUUGGAUCAGGAAUUGACUGAUUUACGUUCUCGUCUACUUGCCACCUCUGUUAGUAGUAGUGGUAGUAGUAGUAAUAAAAAUCGUAAGAUUUCUUCAAAUGCACAAUCAUCAUCUCUUGAUGAAACUGUGAAAUCAUCAUUAUCUAAUGAAGAUAAUAUAUCAACUUUGGAAACUGUUAUUACCACCACUCCUACUUCUACUACUAAUGUUAAUAAUGUAAACACUGACGUGUUAUCCACAGUUGCUGACAAUUUGACCAAUAUUACUACGACAAUAACGACUACUACUGCUACUCCGUCUCCCUCAGUAACAUCUCAAUCACAGUUGAACUCAUUAAAAUCCACUGAGACAAUCAAUACUAGUGCUUCAUCGACAUCUAUCCCCUUCUCAUCUAGUUCAUUCAUGUCCGUCUUUUCAACAGGUAGUCUAGGCAGACGUAGGAAAGGUAGUAGUGGUUCGUUAAAUUCCAACAGUAACACAACACAUGGAUCUGAUGGUAGUAGUGGUGGUCUUAUAAUCAGUGCUAAACAACGUGCGGAAUAUGAAGAACGUAUACAAUUCAUGGAAUCUGAGAUUCAACGGUAUAAAACUUACGCUCGUCUCUUAGAAACAGAGCUGUUCCGCCUACAACAGUCUUCAUCAGUCGCUGCUUUAGCUGCAAGUAAUCCUUUUGUUCCAUAUGUAGGUGGGGGUUAUCCUAAUCCUAUGUGUACUAAUCCCACAGUUGGUGGACCAAUUCAAUACAGUACUAUUAAUAAUGCAAUACGAACAAAUAUGAACUUUCCUAUUAUUGGUACGUCGCCAGCUCCACCACCUCCACCAAUGUAUUUUGUUCCUACUGGAUAUCGUGAUCGAAAUACUAGUGCCUCCACGGUUGCUACUAGUCGUGGUACGUCAGUUAUGACACAUUUAGCCGUAUUAGGUCCUCAGAAUCCAUUGAAUGAAGAAGUUGUACAAACGACAACAGGUUCUAUCACGUCCGUUUCGACUACCACUAUUACUACUUCUACUAACACUACUGUAACACUAUCGUCUAAUAAUAGUAAUUCAUCGGAUGAAUUGAAUUCUAUCGAUAAUAAUAUUAUUAGUCCAGGUGUCAACAUCACUACUUCAUUAGCUUAUCCAGUGCAAUCUCAAUUAUUUCCAAUAAAUAGUACUAGAUAUAAAACAUUUAUAUCACCGUAUUUCACAUCACAGAUACCAUCGAUCAAUCCAUAUUCACCGUCUGUCAGUGGACGAUUUUAUCAACAACAACAACACCAGUCUAGACGAUUACGUUAUUCUUCACCAUUGAAUAAUCUAUAUCAUCAUCAACAAUCACAGAAUGUUAUUAUCAAUGGCACUACUAGUACUACUACUAAUAAUAAUAGUAAUAAUGGUCGUUUUAAUGGUCUAGUUAAUGGAUUUCAGUUAACUGAAGAAGAUUCAUUCAACGAUAAACUCCUCAUUACUACUAAUACUUCCCCAUCAAAUAAUAAUUUGAUCAUGAAUACAAUCACAGAUGAUAUGUCGUCCACGUGUAAAAUUGCAAAUGACUGUAGUAAUAAUUGUAAUAAUAAUAAUAAACUUAUACAAAAUUCCCAAUCAGCUUGUUCAACAAAUGGUCUAUUUUACGAGAUUGUAUAA